AUGCUUCUGAAUGCAAAUUUUACUCACUUUCAGCCCUUGCCUCACUCCCACUGUGUGGAGCCUUGUCAGCCUGGAUAUUUCAAGGUGGUCCAGGAAGGAAAACCAAUCUGUUGCUACAACUGCGUCCCUUGUGCAGAAGGGAGCAUUUCCACCCAAGAAGAUGCAGACCACUGCACCAGAUGUCCAGACAAUCAGUAUCAGAACAAGCAUCGAGAUCAAUGUAUUCUCAAAAUUGUCACUUUUUUGUCCUAUCAAGAAUAUUUGGGAAUUAUUCUUACUUUCUUUGCCCUAUUCCUGAUCUUAACCACAGUUUUAGUCUUGGGAAUCUUCAUUAAAUUCCAAGAAACUCCAAUUGUCAAAGCCAACAACCAGGACCUCUCCUAUAUCCUCCUGGUCUCCCUUCUUCUUUGCUUCUUGACUUCCUUUCUCUUCAUUGGACGGCCAAGGAGAACCACCUGCCUUCUCCGACAAACAAUUUUCAGCAUCAUCUUUUCAAUUGCCGUGUCUUCCGUCUUGGCCAAAACAGUCAUGGUGGUGCUGGCCUUCCUGGCCACAAAGCCAGGAAACAGAGUGAGAGGGUGGCUGGGCAAGAGUCUGACCAACACCAUCAUCAUUUCUUGUUCCAGUGUCCAGGUUGUCAUUUGUUUCACCUGGUUAGGAGUCUUUCCUUCAUUCCCUGAUUCUGACAUGUAUUCCCAGCCUAGAGAGAUUGUUCUGCAGUGCAAUGAAGGCUCUGUCACUAUGUUUUAUGUUGCCCUUGGUUACAUGGGUUUUCAGGCUGCCAUUUGCUUCGUAGUGGCCUUCCUGGCCAGGAAUCUACCUGGGUCCUUCAACGAAGCCAAGCUGAUCACCUUCAGCAUGCUGGUCUUUUGCAGUGUCUGGAUCUCCUUUGUGCCUACCUACCUCAGCACCAAAGGGAAAUUCACGGUUGCUGUGCAGGUCUUCUCCAUCUUGGCUUCCAGUGCUGGGCUGCUGGGUUGCAUCUUCAUCCCUAAGUGUUACAUCAUUUUGCUGAGGCCAGAUCUGAAUACAAAGGAACAACUGAUGUUCAAAAGUGAAGUAAAAAAGUGAUGCUGAUGGAUGUUCUGGGGAUAUAAUUCCCACCCAAUAUAAUUCUCACCCAUUGGGUACUUUUCAGGAGAAAACACUAUCAGGCUGCUUUUUGAAGUGAUCUCCUGCUUAAGCCUAAUUUCCAUGUUUUUAUGUUUCUGUGUCUGGUAGUAUUAUUUAGCAUUUUGGGCUUCAUUAUUAGCCUUUAAGUGAGGAUGUUAAUUGAAUUUUA